AUGAGUGACAAGAAAAUUGUUCUAGUGACGGGUUGUGCUAAAGGUGGCAUAGGCUAUGAAUACUGCAAGGCGUUUGCUGAGCAAAAUUGUCAUGUCGUUGCUUCUGAUAUUUCUCAACGAAUGGAUGACUUGUUAGAGUUACAAGAACAACAGAUUGAGACAUUAGAGCUUGAUGUUUUAUCGGAUAUAAGUGUUUCAUCAGCUGUGAAUGCUAUAAUUUUAAAGCAUGGCAAGAUAGAUGUGUUGAUCAAUAAUGCGGGCAUUGGAAGCACGGGUCCACUUGCCGAGCUUUCAUUAGAUGAGAUAAAAAAGGCUUAUGAAAUCAAUACUUUAGGACAACUUAGAAUGGUGCAACAUGUUAUGCCUUCCAUGGCUUCAAGAAGAAGUGGGGUUAUAGUUAAUGUAGGGAGUGUUGUUGGAAAGGUUCCUACCCCUUGGGCAGGGUCUUACUGUGCUAGCAAGGCUGCAGUUCACUCGAUCUCACAUACCCUUCGCUUGGAGUUAAAGCCGUUUGGUAUUAACGUAGUUUUAGUGAUUCCUGGGGCUAUAAGAUCAAGCUUAGGGAGUCAUAACACGGGUUCAUUGUCGCAUUAUGAUUGGAAAUUUUAUAAGGAUUUUAGUGAGGCGAUAGCCGAACGUGCUAGAGCUUCUCAAGUUGGCAAAUCGACUGAUGCAUCGUUGUUUGCACGACAUGUAGUAAAUAAGGUUUUGAGCCCAAAACCACCGAAGCAAAUAGUGUUCGGUUAUAUGACGGCUCUAUUCUCUAUUCUUUCAUUUUCUCCACUUUGGGUUAGAGAUCUUUUCUUCACAAAACGAUUCGGUGUGGACAAGAAAGUGUGA